AUGUCAGUCGAGUUCGAUGUCAUCAGUCGCGAAACGACGUCGUCUCCGCCCUCUGACUGGACGCGGCCCUCCCAUCUCGCUUUCUUUUUGCGGUGUUCAUCUUUGCUGCACGUAAUCAAGAGGGACAGUUGGGGAGAUGGAAGGGGCACGCCGCACGCCAAUUGUGCCUCGGCCGGACAAUCCCCUUCUUGCCUUCCACCCUUCCUCUGCUUCGUAACCCCCAGAAGCUGCAGCAGCAGCAGCAUCCCCUCCCCUCCCCUCCCCUGCCCAUCACAUCCUCAUCUCGCCCGCGGCCCCCCACCUCAAUUAGCAAAAUUUUGUCCAACAAUGUUACGACUUGGUCGUGAGGUGCCCCGAAUCCAUCCACUGAGAAGGACUGAAAUGCCAUGCAGACACGUCGCCCCUCCUCUCAUUCCCCAUCCGCAGAAAUUCGAAAAGUCAGGCCCUCGUUCCUAUGCAGAGUUCCACAUGGGACCAAGCCUAAUCAACGAUGGCGCCGCUUCCAUCCGUCUUCCACACAUUCCAGGCCUCCUCUAG